AUGGCGAACAAUAAGCUGAGGGAGCAAGAUUUUUUGGUGGCUUCAAUUUCGCAGCUGUCGAUAUCCGGUAACCCUUCGCCGCCUGUGGUAGCUCGCUUUCGCUCCCGCUCCCUUCAGUUUGGCUCUGAGUCUAGUUCGAGUGACUCGGUUGAGUUCGAUCUCCAGAGCUGUCAGCUUUUCAAGCUAAGCCCUUCUCAAUCAUUGUGUAUAUCUGAAGCUUCUGAAAAAAAUAACGAGGAAAGCUAUUCAGAAGCAAUCACCAUACAAUUUAGAAAUCAAGAAGAAUGUACUGCUUUCCAUGGUGCCUUUGAGCAGUGCAAAAAGGAAGUAGUUGCGCAAGGAUUACCUUUAUCAAAUGGAAUUGUGUCAUCAUCCACAAGUAAGUUUGAUGACAAAAUAGAGGCAUCUUCUUCCAAAAUGUACUUUCAUUACUAUGGACAGCUUCUGCACCAGCAAAAUAUGUUACAGGACUAUGUCAGGACAGGAAGCUAUUAUGCUGCUGUCCUUGAGAACCGUGUCGAUUUUACUGAUCGUGUUGUAGUUGAUGUUGGUGCUGGUAGUGGGAUUUUGUCAUUAUUUGCUGCUCAGGCUGGUGCAAAACAUGUUUAUGCUGUGGAAGCAUCUGAAAUGGCAGAUUAUGCUCGUAAACUAAUAGCUGGAAAUCCAUCACUCAGCCCAAGAAUAACAGUAAUCAAGGGUAAAGUUGAGGAGGUUGAAUUGCCUGAAAAGGCAGAUAUUUUGAUAUCUGAACCAAUGGGCACUUUGCUCGUCAACGAGAGGAUGCUAGAGUCCUACAUAAUUGCGAGAGAUAGAUUCCUCAUCCCAAAUGGGAAAAUGUUUCCCACUAUUGGAAGAAUACAUAUGGCACCUUUCAGUGAUGAAUAUUUGUUUAUUGAAAUUGCAAACAAGGCUUUGUUUUGGCAGCAACAAAAUUAUUAUGGUGUUAACUUGACACCUUUGCAUGGCACUGCGUUUCAAGGAUACUUCUCACAGCCAGUGGUCGAUGCUUUUGAUCCUAGGCUGUUGGUGGCUCCUGCAAUCUCACACGUGAUAGACUUCACUUCUGCUAAGGAGGAGGAACUGUAUGAAAUUGACAUCCCUUUGAGAUUUGUAUCAUCUGUUGGUGCCAGAAUACAUGGUUUGGCUUGUUGGUUCGAUGUAUUGUUUAAUGGGAGUACUGUGCAAAGGUGGCUUACAACUGCUCCUGGUGCGCCCACAACACAUUGGUACCAGCUCCGUUGUGUCUUGGAACAGCCUAUUUAUGUGAUGCCUGGCCAAGAAAUAACUGGUCGACUUCGUAUGGUGGCCCAUAAAGCUCAGAGUUACACACUAUACCUAACAUUGUCAGCUAAAAUGUGGGGCCCUGGUGCUGAACAAGGAGGAAUAAUCCAGACGUCCUCCGGAAAACUAGAUCUCAAAGAGCCUUAUUAUCGGAUGUCUCAACCUCAGGCGUACCCGAUGUCGCAAGACCAGCAGUCGAAUCAGUUACUACAGACCCAGGAUUUACAAAUACAACGCCAGGAUGUAGAGGGCUCGGAUUUACUGCAACAAGCGUUGUGA